AUGACCCCGAACGUGCCCGCAAAAUCGUCCAGAGCCGGCCCUCGCAAACCGGACGCUUGGGGCUUAGCGAUAAACGCAAACACCGACAGGUCGAUGGGUCGGCCUCCGCGUCAAGAAGUCGCGCAUGCGUCCCCCGGAACGGCCGACAUGUCCACGCUCGUUCAGGCUGCGGUGGAUGCACACCUUUCGAGGAGUCUGGACCUCGCACUGGCGCUGGGGCCGAUUGUUCCUGGUGAACAGCAGCCGGCCUCCCGCGGAUCCAUGUGUCACUGCAGCGAGCAGAACGGAUGUCCUUCGAGGAUUCUGCCUUUCGAACUUGCGCCUCCUCCGGCUCUUUCUCUCACUCAGCAGUCGCCGGUCACUGGAUCCAUGCCUGUUGGGACGGGAGGCUUCACGUAUUCAUAUAGAAUACCUGUCCUCAUGCAGCCGGGUCAAUAUAUCCAGCCAUAUUUACCCGUGCCCUCUUACGGAGAUGUGCUCUACUACGACACUCCCCAGAACGGCGGCGCUCCGUUUGUGUACCAUCACGAAGAGCGCGCUCCUGAGCCGUACCUCGCAAGCAUCGUCACUGCGAGGCCAUACCGUCCGCUGACAAGAACAGUGGGACGAAUGACAGCAUCAGGUGGCCUUCUGAGAAUCGUCCCCGAGACAUGCCCACGCACGGUGAACGAAAAGCACCCAGCUUCCCAAUCACCCUUUGAUCCCUCUGCCGGCUCCAGAAACGUAGGCGAUGUGCCCGCAGGCGUUGUUGAGAAGGGCAAUCUCUCCCAUAUCCUCGACGGAGAAUCGUCGGCGCCCUUCCCCGAGGACUGGUUGCCGCGUGGCGAGCCCUCGACUCAUUCGGCGCGUCCCCGGUCGAGUGCUUCGCACUUCCCGCUGCGUGCUCGCGAAAGACAUGCCGCUGCAUUUAGCCCGGCGCCUCCCUUAGAGGCCCUGUAUUCGUGCUGCUGGCCCGGCUGCGAACGCUACGUGGUCGACUAUCAGGAGGGCGUGCAGCAUCUCAAAUUCCACAUCGUGGGAAUGAAAGCACCCUGGAUGUGCGCGAUAUGCGAGAAAAUCUACUCCAAGAAGUAUGCCCUGGUUCGGCACCUGAAAUUCAAGCCUCACUUCAAGCUGGAGUCCAAAAGGAACUGA